AUGAAUCGCAUCGAUGAAGAGGAAGAUAAUACAGAUAUUGCCGCGGUAAUGAUAACAGAUGACACAACAACCUUUACUUUAGUCGAUCAAUUUCCUUCUGUGCAACCAGCUCCAGUGUAUAGCAGUAGUGACAGCAUUUAUUCAAGCAAACAAACUAGUAACACAUCUUCUCGUUCAAAAUAUCAAACAGCAUCUCGACCGACCUCUUUAUCACCGACCCGACAUUUACUUUCUUCGAAUGAUAAUGUUAUUAAAGAUGUAAAAAAACGUCGUCGACAUGCAAGUGAUUCAAAUACAAAUCAUAUAAAAAGUAUUCCCACAUCACUCGUUAUUUCAUUUCUUCGACAUUUACGUAACGAAUUACGAGCUACAAGUGAUAAAAAAAAUGAUUAUCAACAACAUAUUAAACAGAAAUCAUCUGCAAGAACUAAUCGUACUCAAAUAUUAACAAUAGAUUUAAAAAUGUCAAAUGAAAAUUUAUCAACAACAAACGAUAAUAAUGAAAUUUUAACAUUAAUUGAUUUACUUGUUCUUCGUGUUGAAUGUUUAGCCAAUGAAAAUAAAUUAAUUUCAAAAAAGAAACAUAAAAAAGAUAAUUGUCCAAGUGUUGCUGAAGUUGAUCAAAAUUUAAUUGAAUACCUAUAUUAUCUUUUUACAAGAUUUAUUCAUGAUGAAACAAAUUCAUCGAAUAUAUUACGAAUACCAAUAAUUGAUAAAAAUAAUUUUGUUAGUGUUUGUCAAACUUUAGUACGUAAUGGUUGUUUUGAUAUACCACAACCAAGUGUAGAACUUUCACCAGAUCAAUCAAGUUCAGAUACAACAAGUAGUAGUGAUAAAACAUUAACUCAACAAACAUUUGUACGUGAAUAUAAUCCCGAUACAGACACAAUGUUGGCAGAGAAAUCAUCGAUAGACGGUGAAAAUCUUUCAACAACAUCAGCUGAACAAGAAACAUGGCUUAUUGUAGAUUUAGAAGGAACACAAUCGGAAGAUUCAAUGGCAACUUCUGAAACAAUGUGUCACUUGCCAUUAUCGUCAUCUGAUGAACAAUUACUAAUAACGAAUGAUAACUAUAGAUCAUUUGAAUCUGAAUCAUCACCUAGUAUAUAUCUAUCACCAAAUUCUUCAUCAAUUGAUAUACAAAACAUGGUACAAGAACUUGAUGAUAUAAAUAAUCCUUCGAGUACAUCAUUCAAUCAAGAUGGUUCUUUAUUGAAUGUCGUCUCCGAAUCGAAAACAACAAUAUCGACCGAUUCAUUAAAUGAUAAUACUCAAUCGAACAAUAACAUUUGUACAAGAUUAACUAAUGAUGAUAGUGCUAUCGAGAAUAGCGAACCGAUAACAAUGAAUAAUACUGAUAAAAUGUCUCGACGUGAAAAAAAAAUGCAUGAACGUUGGACAGUAUCGACAAAAACUGAUAAGAAUGACAAUGAACAAUCAUCAACAAAAGCCUUAUUAACUGUCGAAUUUCCACCAAUUGCUGUACUUCGACGUAAAGUUUCACCAUCAUCAUCAUCAACUACAAUAGAUAAAAAGGAUAAGAAUGAAAUUGAAACUGAAAUUAAUACAGAUGAUAAAUUAAAUUCAACUCAAUCGACAAAUACCGAGGAGAUUAACACAUCGCCAACAAUAAUCAUGGUGAACAAAACCAAUCCUGAUCAAAUAGUUGAAUUAUCAUUGGAAGAUACACCAGCAAUGAUAAUUACUGAUGUUAGUAAAAACAAUGAUGAUGGACAACUACCAGUAACUGUACCCGAAGUGAUAUGUUUAUCGGAAGAAGAAAUAAUGAUGAGAGUGAAACAAGGUCCAUUAUUAUCAACAACUAUGGAAUGUCCUACAGACACAAUAACAAAUCUGAAUCAUGAAUCAGUUGAUAAUCAACUAACUAAUGAAGAGAACAGUUCGGCUGUAAUAACUAAUCCAUCUGACUCAAACUUGAUGUCUUCUUCUUUGCCGUUAAUAUCAAUAGCUCCUCCUCCUUCUUUGACGUUAACUACAGAUGAGAACAAAUCUAUCGAACCUUUAUCAAAAGAAAAAGGCGAAGAAAAAAUAGAAGAAGAACAACGUUGUAACGACGACUAUAACGCCGACGAAGAGAAAAAGAACAUCAGUAGCUUCAUACACGACUACCACGCGUCGGGAAUAAUAUUAAUAAACGACGACCCAGCACAAACAGCCUUGUUACACGAAGAGAAAAAAGAAAAAGAAGAAGAAGAAGAAGGAGAAAGAGAACGACCAUCAUCGCCAUUACCAACGUUAGAGCAAUUCAACCAGCAGCGGACAGAAGAUGAGUCGCCAGUGCAGACGCCAUCAAACGCUUUAAAUACAAUGGCAACGGCUAAUAUUGAUGAAAAUGAAGAAUUAUAUAAAAAAGUUGAAAUCGAAGAAAUACCAGAUGAUGAAGAAGAAGUUAUAUCAGCUCAAAAUGAUGAAUCAAUAGAACCAACGGAUUAUAUUCACACUGAUGAUGAACCAAAACAAUCAUCAUCAUCAUCAUCACAAUCAAAUAAUACAACUAUUAAUGAUGAUUCUUUAAAAUUUGGUAAUGUUCUAUCUUGUUAUGAAAAAGCAUUAUCUAAAGUAGCUGAUACAACAUAUGAUGAAUCAUUGGAACCCUCGAUUGCUGUAUUAGCUAAAGAAUCUUUAAUAACACCUCAAGAGCCCGCCAAUGAUCCUAUUGCACUACGUGCUUUACAACGUUUUGAAGAACGUAUGAAUGCUGCUGCUGCUGCUGUUAAAACUACUAGAGAAGAUACAAAUUCAUUAGCAAAUAAAGGCAAAUCACCAUGGUCAGCAUCCCUUUCAACAUCAAGAAAAUCACUUGAAAAUCUAUUGAAAGAUGAAGAACAACAAUUUCGUUCAACUGCAGUUUCAUUUAAUGAUGAAUUAAAAUCAGUAUCAUCAUCUUCUCAAGCAGAUAGUUAUAUUCGACCACGUAAAACAUUUGAUGAUAAUAGUCUUAAUUAUGGAACAGCACUUAAUUUAUUUACGACAACAAAUUCAACUACUGAUCAUACGACUAAUAAUGAAGAUGAUCAAAAAUUAGAGGAGGAGGAAGAACAACAGCAGCAACCAUCAACAAUAGUAGAAAAUGAUGAUGACAAACGAGUAGUUGUUGAUAAUAAAUCAAUGAUGAGUGCUGACAUUAAAGAUCAACAUGAUGAAGAAAAGCAAGAUAUAGUAGAUGAUACAAUAAACACAAAUAAAAAUGACCUUAUAAAUGAAGCAGAAAAUUCAAAUAUAUUAUCAUCAACAAUAUCAAGUGAUAAUGCACGAAUAAAUAGUUCAUUAGAUACAGUUAUUUCACAGUCAUCAACAACUGAACAACCAGCUUUUACACCUUAUCGUUUUCAAUUAGAAGGUCGUCGUCGUUUAAAUACUGUUGAACGUAUGAGAGAACGUCAAAGUCGUGAAUCACUUACUAUGACUGAUCAACAACAACAACAACCAACAGUAGUAGCUCAAACUGAUUAUACAGUAAAAUCUGAAGAAAUACAAGAUCCUAUAAUUCGUCGUGCACUUGAACGUUUUGAUGAAAAAAAUCGUACAUUAACUCAAACAAAAUCAAUGAAUUAUGAUGAAAUUCAAGAUCCUGUUACACGACGUGCCUUAAUGCGUCUUGAAUCAAAUUUAAAACGAACAAUUCCUCCUACUCCUCCAACAACUACAAAUGAUUCUAAUGAAACAUGGUAUACGGAAAACUAUACACUUGGUUCAUUACAACCUGCAAAUGAUCGUUUAUCACGUUAUAGUGAAUCAUCACAAUCACCAACAUUUAAUAAUAAAGCAAAACAUAUAUCAAUACAUCAACGUUAUGGUGCACCAUCAUCAUCAACAGAUAUGUCUACAAUAAAUGAUAUGAAUUCAACUAAUGAAAAUAAUAUACCUGUUAUGCGUGUACCAGCACAACCAAUCUAUGUUACAUCAAAUAAUCAACAACAACAACAACUACAACCUCUUAGUUUACGUCAACGAUCACGUUCAGAAGAUAUGCUUACAUCAAGAGAUUUGGUAAUUGGUCAAACAACAAAUCUUGAUGAUGUUGAUAUAUCAAAUCAAUUACAACGAAAUCGUUCAUCCAAUGAAAUGUCUACAAAUCAAUCUGGUUUUCAUUUACCAAAUACAUUAAUUAAAAGUCUUGAACCAACAUUUGUUCGUACAGCAGAAUCAUCUACUAGUUAUGCAACACCAACACAAUCAUAUUCUACAUAUAGUUGUGAAUAUACACGUCCACGUCGUAAUGUUGGAUUACCAUCAAUAGAAACAUCAACAUCAUUUAAUCAAGAAACAAAUCAAUUACCACCGAAAUAUGGUCAGCAGAAUGAUAUACAACGUCCAACACCAUAUCGACCAGCUGUUGAAAAUCAAUAUCAAACACAACCAUCAUCUGCUUUUGCUGCACCUCUUCGUUCUGCUACAAUUCCAUCAACAAAUAAUUAUUAUAGUCAACAAUCUUUACCAGCACCUUCGUAUAAUUCAAUGUAUACAUCAAAUAAUUCGAAUCAAUCACCUUAUUCUGAUGAUCCAAUUGUUCGUCGAGCACUUGAACGAUUUAAUUCUCAAAUACAAAAUAGUCUUCUAUCAACAAAUCAAUAUCAACAACCAAAUAAUUAUUCAUCACAUCAGGGAAAUUUUCAAGAUAAUUACCCAAAUUCAAAUCGUUCAACAUUAAUGACAACAAGUACUAGUAGUAAUAGUAGUAUGGGAGGUUAUCAAUCAAUAAUAGGACGUCGUCGACAGACACGUCAUGAUGAUCUAAAUAAUUCUUAUAUUGAUAAUACAAGUAUAGGUGAUGGUUAUUCAUCAUCAAUAUUUGGUAAUUCACAUAAUCCAUAUACAAUGGGAAAUCAAUAUAUGAAUAUGGCAGAUGAACCUCCAGCUAUUCCACCACGUUUUCGUCGAGAAAAUUUUCGAAAUGAUGAUAUUAAUGAUGCAUAUCGACGACAUUCGAUUGAUGAAUAUCUCUCAGAAAAUAUUAAUAACAACAACAAUAAUAGCAGUCAAACACUUCCACGAGAUACAUUUAUUCAUCAUGCAUAUCCAGCAACAAUAACAAAUUCAUCAGGUUUUCGACCAAUCGAUAAUCAUUAUAAUCAACAAUUUGAUCCAUAUAAUACAAUAUUACAAGAACAAGAUGAUUUACGUGAUCGAGUACCAUCACCAUCAAGUAUUCAUUCAUCAGAAAGUUCGAAACAACAACGACCAACAAGACCAAGUCAUAUUCGAGCACCAAUGAUUCAUACACAAAGAUUACCUCCACCAUCUGUAUCCACACGAACAAAUCUACACCAACAAAAUGGUCGUAGAAAUAAUGAACAAAUGAUGUCAAAUAAAAUGUCACCAGAUAAUUCACAAUCACCACCGUCAGGUCAAAAUAAUGGUCAUAUAUCAGGAGAUUCUGUAUUUCAUCGUCUUGCUUAUACAGGAACGAAAGCAUCAUUAUCAAAAUCAAGUUCAAAUUCAUGUUCAAAUUUAUUAAAUAAAAAUUCAUCACAAAUUCCAUCAAAUAAUUUAAAAUCAUGUGAAAUUGAAUUUGAAGAAACAUCAAAACCAAUUGAAAAUAAUAAUACGAACGAUGAAAUAUCAUUAUUAACAAAUAAAUGUCAACGUUCAAAAUCUGUUGAUGGUCGAGCUAGAUUAAAGAAUUUGCAAUCUCGUACGGCUUCGACGACGACAAAUAAUAAUAAUAAUCAAACAAUAAUUGAUCAUGAAGAAAAUGAUAUUGAUGAUGAACAACGAACAGUACCAUCAUCAAAAUUUAUGCCUAUUAAUAAUGGUCGUCGUGAUGGACCAUCACCACGUGUACCACUUACACCAACGAGUGCAUAUCGAACAUCAUCAUUAAAACGUCCAUCUAAUGGAACUAGUUUUACAUAUACAAAAGAUAAUCAAGGUAUUCGUACACAAAGUUAUAAUGGUACUCCACUUGAAUCUGAAAGUCAACAACCGGAAAUUGAAAAUGAUGAGAAUAUGUCAUAUAAUGAUGAUAAUUAUCAACCAAAAAUAUUAGAUAAUAGAAUACGUACAGCUAUUCCUGUUCAUCGUUAUGGAAAUAAUAAUAAUCAUAAUCAUAAUCAACCAUCACAACCGAUAUCAUCUGUUACAAAUACACCAUCACGAAUAAAACCACCAACAAUAAUUCCAAUUACUUUCGAUAGGAGAGAUUCCAAUUCAUCGACGACAGAUGUUAACAACAGAACACCAAGACGUACGGAUGAACAUCGUCGUUCGUCUCCUACUGGUCAACGACGAAAUAUACCUGUUUCAGUUUUUUCACCAGCUAAACAUGAUACUAAACGUCCAGCACCUGCACCACCCACAUAUAAUUAUGAAUCUCAACAACCAACAUCUUACUCGGCUCGUUUAUCAACCAAUGAUAAUCAUUAUACUCAUAAAACUAAUGAACAAGACGUGGAUAAUAAAAUAUCUUCAACAAAUUCUGAUCUCAAAACAUCAACAGGAAAUCUUAUGAAUGAAUUUACAACUACAACCGAUAAACAUGAUAAUAAUAAUAAUAAUAAUAAUAAUAAAAAGAUGAACGUCUUUGAACGGCUCUUUCGCGGUAAUAAGAAAAAAAGUUAA